AUGUAUAAAGUGAGGAACAAACAUGAGCAGUUACAUCGAAAUAGAUCGUACUCCGGGUGUUGGACUUGUAGAGCACGUAAAGUGAAAUGUGACACUCAACGACCUAAGUGUUGUCGAUGUAAACAAUUAGGAAUUGAAUGCGGUGGUUACGAUAUCAAACUUCAAUGGGCUAAUCCUAUCAAAUUUGAUAAAUAUGGAGUACAACUUACGAAUCCUCUCAGAAAUACGCCCAAGAAUACUGAAGAUGGUUUUGACACUAAUCUAUCUAUAAAAUCCAAGACUAAAACAGAACGGUUCCAGUAUCAAAGAAGUAAUAUUGCACCUGUUAAGUAUAAAUAUCAUUACGCCUGUAAUGAAGAUAUUGAUGACGAGCUGAUGUUACUCAAUGACCCACCAUUAAAGUUACUAGAAAACAAUAGAACAUGGGUAAUAAACAACUUUGGUGUCUUUCAAGGAUUAAAUUUGAAGCGGCUCAAAGAAAAACGUCAAAACGAAACAGAAACUAUUCCAUCAAGAAAAGAACAGUCAGAGAGAAACCCCGAUACUUCUUCUAUUAGCCGACCUAUAUUACCAUCGCCAGAUAGCAGUGAAAAUAUAGAACCUAUUAUUGGUGAAAAAGCCAGAACCACAUUACUUCCAGAAUUGAUGAAGGACCAAAAUAACGCGGUGGAAAUGAAUACUAACUAUCUUGAUUGGCUAUUAGAAAAUGAUAUUGGAGCAAUAAGUAUACCUGGUCUUGACAAAAUAUCAGAUGAAUUGAGAGAAGAUGUUCUGUUAUCUGCCAUUGCAUUGCAAGGACUUCCUACCUACAACAUGUCAUUGGAUCCCGUUGAAGUAGCUUCUAUGCAUGAAACCGAAAAUAAGCUUCCUUCGAUUGGAGCUUCUACGAGGCACUCAAGUGAAAGCAUAUUACCCAAUAUGUCAAUUACUAAGGGAGAGACAAUACCCAGCCAACCCAAUGAUGAAUCAUUAGAAGCUUUAAUUCAUACCUUAUUUAAUAAGCAACCGUCACCAAUUGAUCUAUCGGACCCCAAUGUAUCAUAUACAAGAGUCCCUAACAAUUUAGAUGAUAUAUGGAUAAAUGCACCUGAUCAGCUUUCUAAGAUGCCACGAACAGCCAUGGAAAUUGUGCAUUCAGAUGUUAAAGAUGAUUUCGCUAUUGAGCUUACAAGCGAUAAUGAAUAUUAUAUGAGGAUACCUGAAAAUAGUUUAACUGUCCACGGCCUAACCAGAUUGUUACUUAAUCACUUUAUGGAUACAGUUGCUGAUUUAAUGCCUUGUGGUUGGUGUCUCAAAAAAUCCAUGGAAAAGCAUCCAUUUUCGUAUUGCACUAAAUGCUCUCGGAGACUUGGCUGGUUUAGGGCAUACAUCGAAUUCUCGAAAUUCUUUGUUAAAUGCAAUACUAGCUGUCUCGUCUUUCAAUUUAUUGAACAAAUUUCCCAAAAAUUCCAGAAGAUACAAGUGUUUCCUCAACCUAGGAAUCGAAUUCAGGCACCAAGCUUCCAAUUUUUUGAAAUUAUGCCUUAA